AUGUCAGCCGAAGAAUCGAAGAUCAAGAAUGUGGCUGUUGCUUCCUCCAUUGACACUCCAAGAAGCGAAGAAGAAAAAGAAGAAAUUAAAAGCGAAACAGGAACCGAUGUAGGGUUUUCCUUGGAUAAACUUAGCCUUGGUCCCAAAAAGAAACUGCUUGUGAUUCCUCUUGGAGGCCUCAUCGUUCACCGAGCUCAUGUUCGCGAACGAUUCACCCUCCCCAAAAACCGCCGCCCUGAUUUAAGUUAUGGGAAAUUUAUGAUUUACAAGAGGCCUUUUUGUGAAGGAUUCUUGAAGUUUUGCUUUGAAAGAUUCGAAGUCGGACUAUGGUCAUCUGCUAUGGAGCAUAACAUAAAAGCAGUUUUGAACCAUGUUACCGGAGACGUCAAAACCAAGUUCUUGUUCACAAUGGAUCAAAAGGAAUGCACCGAUACUGGGUUUACGUGUUCUGAUGGGGAGUUAAGAGCGUUUUUGGAUGGAGUUGCGGAAGCUAAAGAUGUGCAAAGUUAUGUGAAAGAUCAUCCAUUUGGAGAGCCUGCAAUAACGCCUUCACAUUCUGAUUGGGACUAUUAUUCCAAGAUAAUUCGGUUCUUUGAUAAGAAAGACGAAGCUUUCAACUUCCAAGGUAAUGGUUUUUCCUGUCAAGGUCUUCACAAAGAUUUGCAUACCUCCACGGAGACGGAGGACAAGAUGAAGGGUAGACUCCUUCCGGAUGUUAUAGUCUUCCAAUGUCCGGUCGUCCUCGAGUUGUUUUCCGGCGAAGAUCAGACGUUGUUGGUCUGGAGGAAUACCUUCCUUGUCUUGAAUUUUAGCUUUGACGUUGUCAAUGGUGCCAGAGUAACGAUUCUGGAAAAAUCUAUGUUCAUCAGAGCACUGUUCACGUUAGUGCUGUUCACUAGAGUACUGUUAACAUCGGGUAUCGACAUGGUGAACAACACUGAUCGAAUUGCUAUGAUGGAGAUGGACUUGGCUAAACUCCGCCAAGAUCUGAAAGACAAUCGGGAGGCUAAUUCACAGCGGUUUAACCAGGUGAUGAAAGUUAUCACUGACUUGGUUGUUAAGUUAGAAAGCUUGAGCAGCAAGGACGGGGAAAAGAAGAUGAAUUUCAAGGGAUUCCAAUGGAGAUUCAUCGAGGACUCUGAUGAGGAAAGCAAGACAUCCGCACUAGAGAAGAUUAAGGACAAGGAAGAAGAAGAAGAAGGAAACAAGGGCAAAUCUGGUAGUAAUUUCAAACAGGCCGACUUCCGGAAGAUCGAGAUGCCCAUAUUCAAUGAGGAAGACUCCCAUGGUUGGAUAUACCGGGUGGAACCCUACUAUGAGAUCCAAGGUAUUGAAGGCAUGGAACAACUUAAGAUAACCACCUUAUGCAUGAAGGGAGUGACACUAGCUUGGUAUAGAUCGGAUGGAAAUCAGACACCUUUCUGGUCUUAG